AUGGAGGACAAACAGACCGCGGCCCCGGUCCUCAGCGUCCUCCUGCUGCUGAUGGUGGAGUACGCACGCAGCCAGAGAAUCUGCAUAGUCCCGUCUGGUCCGGUCCUGGUCGCAGAGAACAACACUGUGGAUGUGGAGGUGGUCCAGAUCGACACCAGUCCCAGUCCGGACCUGGUUUUGGAUCUCCUCGUGAACCCGGAUGAGCUCUUCUAUCUGAAUGGCAAUGCACUGAUGGCCAAGAGAGGACUGGACUUUGAGGCUUUGUCCAGUCCGACUCUGACCGUGUGGGUGCAGUGUAAAACAGACAACUACACCCUGAGCGAGUCUGUGGAGGUACUGGUGGAGAACGUCAACGACAACCCUCCGAACUUCGACCGAACGCACUACGCUCUGGACGUCAACGAGCUGUCUGCCGUGAACUCCAGUGUGGGUUCUAUCGAAGCCACAGACGUCGACUCGGAGCCGCUUUACUACAGACUGGAACCAGCGACGGACAAGUAUUUCCGUCUGGAGAAUGCAACAAGCCCAAAGAUUGUGGUGAGGAGUGUGAUCGACUACGACACGAUUCAGAAGGUUACUCUGGUGCUACACGUGCAGGACAUGUUUAACGGAUCUGCGUCCAACAAACCCUUCUUCACGUCGGUGGCGACCCUCACGCUGAACAUCCGGGACGUGGACAACCGGCCGCCCUGGUUCCAGCCGUGUGUGAGGGCCACUCUGGGCCUCAGCAAGCUGUGUGUGAGCGGAGGCUACAAGGGGAGAGUCAACCUCACCGAGAAGGAGGAGGGGCCCCUGGUGCUGGAGCCUGGGCCGGUGUUUGCCAAAGACGGAGACCGAAACCUUAGUGAGCAGAUCAGCUACAAGAUCCUCAAAGGAAAUGAGGGAAACCUGUUCCAAAUGGACGAAGAGACUGGAAACAUCACUAUGACCAAAGUUGCAGACGUCCUGGGCCCCAUCAGUCUGACGGUCAUCGCUUCGCAAGUCCAGAACCGGGACCAGUUUGCGGUGGCCCAGGUGGUGUUCGAGGUGAUGAAGAAGAGCCGGAGUCCUCCUCGUUUUGAGAGGGAGCGCUUUGACGGCUUCAUCUACAGCAACUCUGUCCCCGAGAGUCUGGUGCUGAGGGACCGUGGAUCCAACCGGCCCUUCAGGCUCCGGGCUCGUGACGACGACUUCGCCACGGGCGUGAACCCGGACAUGAAGUACGAGGUGCAGUACAGCAGUUAUGUGAACGUGACCAGCGAUGGCUUUGUGAUUCUCAAACGAGUGGUGAAGACCGAGUCCUUCGCUCUGCAGUUACGAGCGGUGGACACCAGCACCGGAGAGUUUGGCACGGCGGCACUCUCCGUGCAGGUCAUCCCAGCCGUUGCACUCCCGUCCCCGGCCAGUGGGGGGUACCGUCCCGGGGAUAUGGCUCUGCUGGGUCUGGUGAUGGCCGCUCUGCUGCUGCUGUGUCUCAUCGUCAUCGGGUUCCUGUUGUCCCGAGUCCUGAAGGGGGACGGCCUGGGGAACAUCUGCCAGUGCUGGCCCGGGCCCCAUUCCCACGCUCACAGAGACUCUCUUCAGUUCACAAACGAUGGCUUCCAGACAGAGGGCGAGUCCAAGGGCCGGUGGGCGGGCAUGUUCCCCAGAGGAAAGGUGCUGCCUCUGGGCAAACGCAGCUCCAAGACCUGCUCCACCUGCGGCAGCUUCUCCAACCACGUCCAGCGCACCAGCCCCAUGAGCCGCCGCGCGCAGAGGGAGCUGCGGAACGGCUCGGAGUCCGGUCUCAUGCGGCCGCGGAGGAAAGAGGGUCAGAAGUCGGUCUGGUUCAAAGAGAUCGAGGUGGAGAUCAUCCCCGACACCACCGUGUUAGAGGAGGAGCCACAGGAAGGGGAGGAGCCAGAGCAGGAAGAGGAGGCGGUACGAGACCCCAAAGCCCCGCAGAGACCCGAGAGCCCGAGCUCAGACAGCACUGCAGAGAAGAGCCCGGAGUAG